UUUCCGGGUUUUGUCAGCAAACGAAAACUCAGAGUUACGGGGAACCUUGUAGGCGGGAAGGAGUGGGGGGUAGGGGUGGUGGUGUGUGAGUGCGCCUGAUCUGGUCAGUGGUCAGAACAAGGGAGAGCAGCCUGGACAGCAUAGCAGCUCGCGUUACUGAGUAUAUGAUAAUGACAACAGGCGAUAUAUGCUCGUCCCAGAUGAUAAGGGUGAACAGCGGAAACACACCAUAAUUUAAUACCCAGACAGACACAUCACUAUCUAUAUAUUGGAUUAAUAUGAAACUAAAUGUUGAAGUCUAGUUUCAACAAUUUCUGAUAAAUACCUGCCUCAACAUUUAAUCGUUGAAUUACAAAAAAUCCAGUACUGGUUGUACCGGUUUUUGCAAGGCAAUUUGCAUUUUACAUUGACCUGUAGAUCUAAUGCUGAUCUGUGGGGGGGCUCUGUCGCUGAGAGGUUAAUACACCAGUGCGGUGCAAGGACACAGGAGCCUGCCACCAAUGCAGACAAUGUGAGUUCAAGUCCUGUUCUCUUCUGACUUCCACUCCGGAGAUACGUUGGAUAUUCUGCAGCAACCCGCGGAUAAACAAUGAGACAACCCACAUGACUUAAUUUGACAUCUUCUCAUCAGUUUACGCAGAAUGGAUUCAGAAAUAGCAAAUAAAGUGCUUCAGGCAAGGGGGAGAAUCCAAGGCUAUGUCAGGAAAACACCCUUAGAGAGGUCUCCGUUUUUGACAAAUUUAAUUUCAAAUGGACCACAGGUGUAUUUAAAGCUAGAAUCAGAACAAUUGACGGGCUCAUUCAAAGUUCGUGGGGCAUUUAACAAGCUGUGUCUGCUACAGGAGCAGUGUGAAGUGAGGGAGAAGGGAGCCCUGUCCGCAUCCACAGGAAACCAUGCCUUAGCCUGUACAGUAGCCAUGAAGACCCUGGGCAUUCCAGUUCAGAUCUACACCCCAGAAACCAUGACCAGUGCUAAGAAAGAGACUUUAGAGGCGUAUGACGCUGAUCUGGUGUUCCACGGGAAGGACUGUGUUGAGGCAGAAACCAAGGCCAGGCAAGCAGCAAAGGAGUUGGGGGUGCCCUUUAUUUCACCAUACAAUGAUAUAGACGUGGCUGCAGGACAGGGAACAAUUGGUGUUGAGAUCUAUGAAGAUCUGAAGGAGGUGGAUGCCGUCCUGGUAGCAGUGGGGGGAGGAGGUUUAAUUGGUGGAAUAGCAGCUUAUCUUAAGCAUAUAAACCCUAGGAUACAGAUAUUUGGCUGUCAACCAGAGCUGUCCAAAGUGAUGUAUGAGAGUGUAAAGUCUGGCCGAGUGAUUUUUGAGGAGUCUGGUGACACUUUAUCAGAUGGGACAGCUGGUGGCAUUGAGGAGAAUACGGUGACCUUUGACAUCUGUAAGGAGCAUGUGGAUCAGUGGAUACUUGUGAAUGAAGAAUCCAUUGCCAGGGCUAUUUACUUUGUCAUUCAGAAACACCAUAAGGUAAUUGAGGGGGCUGCGGGUGUGGCUGUAGCAGCUUAUCUAAACAACCUCCAUAUGUUUUCAAUGUUUAAAAAUGUGGUAAUUGUCAUCUGCGGUGCUAAUAUCAGCAUUGAUAAAUUGACAGACAUCCUCAUCAAGUACAAGUGAAACAUAAAUACAGUGUAUGAUUUCUUCUUUAGAGUUAAACAUGGGCACAUUCAUGUAUUGUAAAUCAUGGUUUAGUUUUAAUUUUGUGUAGCCAUGAUCCAUUUGUAUUGAUCAAAUUUGUCUGACAUUUGUACUCUGUACAUGUCAGUACAGAUAUAUUAAACAUGAUAUGAAUGCAGAUAUGUUAGGCUGGGGACCAAUCAGACAUAGAGCCGUAUGCCUAAUUAUUCAUCAACAUGUAUAGGAAUUAGGAAAAUGUGCACAGUGUAUUAUUAAAUAAAACAUGUAUUUAU